GGCUGCAGGCUGGCGGGAGCGGCGCGGAGCCCAGGGCCGGGCCACCCCUCCCACAGAAUGCCUGAGGGCCCUGAGCUGCAUCUGGCCAGCCACUUUGUGAACGAGGCAUGCAGGGAGCUGGUGUUUGGCGGGUGUGUGGAGAAGUCCCCUGUCAGCCGCAACCCUGAGGUGCCCUUUGAGAGCAGCGCCUACCACAUCGCAGCUUUAGCCCGAGGCAAGGAGCUGCGCCUGACACUGAGCCCCCUGCCUGGGGCCCAGCCCCCACGGGGGCCACUGGCCCUCGUCUUCCGCUUUGGCAUGACCGGCUCCUUCCAGCUGGUGCCCAGCGAUGCGCUGCCACCCCAUGCCCAUCUGCGCUUUUACACGGCUCCCCCUGGCCCCCGACUUGCUCUCUGCUUUGUGGACGUCCGCCGCUUUGGCCACUGGGACCUCGGGGGCAAGUGGCAGCCAGGCCGCGGGCCGUGUGUCUUGCUGGAGUACGAGCAGUUCAGGGAGAAUGUGUUACGAAACCUAGCAGACAAGGCCUUUGACCGGCCCAUUUGUGAGGCCCUCUUGGACCAGAGGUUCUUCAAUGGCAUUGGCAACUAUCUGCGGGCAGAGAUCCUAUACCGGCUGAGGAUACCCCCCUUCGAGAAGGCCCGCACGGUUCUGGAGGCACUGCAGCAGCGCAGGCCGAGCCCGGAGCUGACCCUGAGCCAGAAGAUCAGGGCCAAGCUGCAGAACCCAGACCUGCUGGAGCUGUGCCACUCAGUGCCCAAGGAAGUGGUCCAGCUGGGGGGCAAAGGCUAUGGGCCGGAGAGCACGGAGGAGGACUUUGCUGCCUUCCAAGCCUGGCUGCGGUGUUAUGGCACGCCGGGCAUGAGCUCCCUGCGGGACCGGCAGGGCCGCACCAUCUGGUUCCAGGGGGAUCCUGGACCCUUGGCGCCCAAAGGGGGCAAGUCCCGCAAGAAGAAAUCCAAGGGAGCACAGCGGGGUCCUGAGGACCAAGUGGAGAACCCUCCACCUCCAAACAAGGCCCCUUCAAGGAAACGAAGGGCACGGAGAGGCCUUCCUGAGCAGACUGCGGCCCAGCAGCCCGAGGGGACCAGCCUCCAAUGGGACCCAGAAGCCCCCCGUGUCCCUGAGAAAGGGAAGAGGAGGAGGCAACCAGCGACCUCAGGCCGCCGCAGACCCCAAAAGAUCAAGGCUGACACCCCAUCCUUGGAGCCUGAGGAGACCUCAGCCUCUUAGCAGGAGGGUCUCCUUGCUUGCAUCCACCCCUUCCUGCUGCCCUGGAUCUGGGCCUGUGCGGCUUCCUGGAAGUUGCAGGGGACUGGCUGCCC